CCAAUAGUUGCCUCGUGCUCUCGAUAUUCUCCAUUGCCCUUCACUCGCGAAUUCUCCACUCUGGGGAACCGCCUGCGACCGUCUGGCCAGGCGCAUGUUUAUAGCGGCAGAGCCUAUAUCGACGGUUUGAGAUUUGUCUGAUCCACGAUUGGUAGGAGGACAGUGGUGUGCGCAGCAGUGGGUGUGUGAUAAGCAUCAUGUCGGAUGCGGACAUCGAGAAACGGCCUCAAGGCCGCGAGGCCUUGCCGGACUAUGGCGAUAAUCCCAUAGACGAACAGAACCCUCGUAUUGUAGUUGCGGACAAAUUGAAUCGGUCGUUGUCUGCUCGUCAGGUUCAGAUGAUUGCCAUCGGUGGCACGAUUGGCACAGGUCUAUUUCUGGGUACAGGAAAGUCUUUGGCCACCGGAGGACCGGCGUCGAUGCUCAUAUCCUAUGCAAUCGUCGGUGCGAUAGUGUUUGUCACUAUGCUCUCUUUGGGGGAAAUGUCGGCAUUCAUUCCUGUGGCAGGUUCCUUCUGCACAUUUGCUGGCCGCUUCGUGGACGAUGCAUUUGGAUUUGCCCUUACCUGGAACUAUUGGUUCAACGAUGCGGUGUCGACGGCCUCGGAUUUGAUUGCCCUUCAACUGCUCUUGCAGUACUGGACGGACAAUUUCCCAGGAUGGGCGAUAUCGCUGAUCUUCCUGUUUGUUGUUAUCGCGCUGAAUGUUUUCUCCGUAAAAGCAUAUGGAGAGGCGGAAUACUGGCUCAGCUUGUUGAAGGUUGUCACCAUAGUGAUAUUCAUCAUUCUUGGUAUCGCAGUCAACUGUGGUGGAAACACUAGUCAUCACUAUAUUGGCGGGGAGUACUGGCAUAUUGGCGAUGCUCCCUUUGUCGGUGGUAUCGGCGGAUUUGCGUCGGUUUUUGUCACUGCUUCAUUUGCAUAUGGAGGCACGGAGUCUAUUGCAGUGACUGCAGGUGAGACGAAAGAUCCGUCCAAGGUCCUGCCACGCGUUGUUCGGAACGUAUUUUGGCGGAUCCUGCUGUUCUACAUCCUGUCGGUCCUGAUGGUCGGUCUCAACGUGCCAUACAACUAUCCCGACCUGAGCACCAAGUCCAGCCGCACCAGCCCCUUCACGAUCGUCUUCCAGCAGGCUGGAAGUGCAGUGGCGGGCAGCUUCAUCAACGCCGUGAUCAUGACGAGCGUGAUCUCGGCCAGCAACCACGCGCUGUUUGCAGGUUCGAGGUUGUUGUACACGCUGGCAGUCGACGGUUACGCGCCUUCCGUGUUUGGCACGCUGAACCGCUUCAAAGUGCCGUGGGUGGCCGUGCUGUCCACCUCCGUCAUCAGCGGCCUCUGCUUUGGCGCCAGCUAUAUCGGCGCUGGCCAGCUAUGGACCUGGCUGCAGAACAUCGUCGGCGUCUCCAACCAGCUCUCCUGGAUCGCCAUCGGUAUCGCCUCGCUUCGUUUUCGCGCCGCUGUCAAGAAGCAGGGUCUCGAGCAUCUACUGCCCUUCAAGAACUGGACGUAUCCCUAUGGACCGAUUAUCGCGAUCGUGCUCAACUCCGUACUCGUGCUGGUCCAGGGCUGGUCAGCGUUCAGCCCCAGUUUCGCGGCAGUCGACUUUGUCAGCUACUACAUCGAAAUCCCCGUCAUGAUCGUCAUGUUUAUCGCAUGGAAGAUCAUCAAGCGAACGCAUUUCGUCCGCCUUGAUGAGAUGGACCUGGUUUCGGAUCGGUAUGAUAGCGGGUUUACGCAUGAGGAGCGCACGCAGGCACUGGAAGUCGCGCGUCGAAGUCCGUUUGCUCGUGGUCAGUCGUGGAAGGAGAGAGCCUUGACUGUCGGGACGUGGCUUUUCUUCUAGAGGUUUUGCUCACUUGCCUACACAUCUGUAUAUAGAUCUGACCGUUGGUUUUUCGCAUUGCGCUGCCUAAGGGCACUGCAUAUUGAUGAGCGAUCUUCUAUAUCUUAAUUAACCUCUAUUCUCAGUGACACUUGUCUUGAUAUACAAUCACUAUCAAAAUUAUCUACAGAUUGUGUGACUGAAGCCUCCAAAAAUAGCUGAUGACGAAACACCAAGACGACAUACUAGAGUGUCUUCAACUACAAAUAGCCCCAGUGACUAUUUAACUACAUUAGUCAAAAACUCACGAUACAAUAAAACUUAUCAGUAAGCAAUCGUUUUUCCCCCCAUAUCAAUUGCUUAUAGUGCGAUACUGCUUGAUCUAAAUAUUAAGACUACUUACAAAUAGAUCAGGUGAUUAAUUUUUGUGAAAUACACUAAGAAGUAAUUUAGACUAGUCUAGAAAUAAACUUAUAUUAUUGGUUGAUAUGAGCCUGCUAU